AUGCAAGAAACCACUUCAUCCGAUGUGAUGGUCUCUCCUCUAUGGGGGAAUGCUUUCAGUGAACUGUCGGGAAACAGCAAAGUCCUCGCUAUGAUCCUCUCAUUCCUAGAUGAUGAGCGCAUUGACGAAGAUUUAUUGAAAUUUCCUGCUUACAACCUGAAACGAUCUUCUCUGAAGUUCAUGAAAAAUAAUUCCGAGUAG